AUGUACACUGCCACUGUUGCCUGUGUUCAGUUGGUUAAAUUCCCAGAGCUGGCACUGGAAAAACACCCCAACUCACCAAUGACUGCAAAACAAAUAUUGGAAGUGAUUCAGAAAGAAGGGUUGAAAGAAACAAGUGGAACUUCUCCAUUAGCUUGUCUGAAUGCAAUGCUUCACACUAACACUCGUGUAGGUGACGGGACGUUCUUCAAAAUCCCUGGCAAGGCAGGACUCUAUGCACUCAAAAAAGAAGACUCUACAUGCCCAGCAGAUGGAACAUUGGAUUUAGGUUGUGAAUCUGAGUUGGAUGGCACUGAAAUGGCUGAAACAAACAAUAGCACUGGAGAAGAAAAUGGAGUUUGCACAAAGCAAGCACCUGAAGAAGUGUCUUCCAUUCGGGACUCAAGCCUUACGAAUGCACCAAUGCAAAGCAAGUUAGUGUCUUCCUUCCAGCAGCACACCAAAAAGGCACUUAAACAGGCUUUGAGACAGCAGCAGAAAAGAAGAAAUGGAGUCUCAAUGAUGGUAAACAAGUCUGUUCCUCGUGUUGUUUUGACACCAUUAAAGGUGUCUGAUGAGCAGUCGGAUUCACCUUCAGGGUCUGAAUCUAAAAAUGGUGAAGCAGAGAGUUCUGAUAAAGAAAUGAAACAUGGGCAAAAAUCUCCAACUGGAAAACAAAUGAGCCAGCACUUAAAGAGAUUAAAAAAAUCUGGUUUAGGACAUUUGAAAUGGACCAAAGCCGAGGAUAUUGACAUAGAAACACCAGGAUCUAUUCUUGUGAACACUAACCUGAGGGCUUUAAUAAACAAACACACCUUUCUUUCCUUACCUCAGCAUUUCCAGCAGUACCUCCUGCUUCUGCUUCCAGAAGUGGAUAGACAGAUGGGAAGUGAUGGAGUUUUGCGCCUCAGUAGUUCCGCUCUAAAUAAUGAAUUCUUUGCAUAUGCAGCACAAGGGUGGAAACAACGAUUGGCAGAAGGAGAAUUUACUCCUGAAAUGCAGUUGCGCAUCAGACAAGAAAUUGAAAAGGAAAAGAAAACAGAACCCUGGAAAGAGAAAUUCUUUGAAAGAUUUUAUGGAGAGAAGCUUGGGAUGUCAAUAGAAGAAUCUAUGAAGCUUACAUCUGUACAGAACAAUAAUGAAGAUGAAGAUAAUUCACUCUGUGGAUCUUCAGAUCUGCCUGGUCCUUCAAAAGAGUUAGCUUUUGAUGAUCAUGAAGAGAAAAACAAUCCACUACCACCACUGACAGAGAGAGAUUUCUGUCACUCUCUUUGCAACAUGGAACAUGUUCCAGCUAAAGAUGUACUAACAGAAGCAGAAGAUAUUUUAAUACCUGAAGAGUCUGUUAUUCAAGAGGAAAUUGCUGAAGAGGUUGAGACAAGUAUAUGUGAGUGUCAAGAGGAGAAUCAUAAAGCAGGAAAUGUGAAUACCGAACAGCCUGUCAGCCCAGUAGGUUCAAAUGAAGAAACAGAAACUUUAUCAUUAACAGGGAACUCUGAAUCCUGUGCUAUGAUGAAUGAUGUAGUAGGUGCAUUGGCUCAUGAUGAAGUUAAGGUAGAGGAGAAGUUAGAAUAUUCCCAGGAAGAAAUGGCAGUCAUGACUGAUCAGUUGGAAAACAGUUUAUCACCUUCGCAAUCUGCUUCAUCUACAAAUUCUCUUAGUAAUAUGGAAGAAAAGGACAUGGAAUCUGCAAAAGAGCUUCAUGGAAAAUAUUCUCCUGUCCCCAAUGGUUCCUUGUUCACUGGUGGAAGUGUUGCUGUUCAUAUGGAGCUGCAGAGUGACCCUGAAGAACAGUUAUCUGAGAAUGCUUGUAUAUCUGAAACUUCAUUUUCCUCUGAAAGCCCAGAAGAACCACAUGUGAGCAUUGCAUCUCCUGGAGGCGAUACACAGUCUACUUCAGAGGAACCUUGCACGCCAGUAUCUCUGGAAACCGUUUGUUCAUCUGAUGUGUCUUGCACGGAAAACACUGAAAAUGAUAGUCAGCAAAAACCUAUGGAUGAUAACCUGCAUACAUCUUCAAUAUCCGAAGUGUCUCCAAUGCCAACCUCACCUGUAACAUCAGAAGCAUCUCUGACAUCAAAUUUGCCUUUGACUUCAGAAGCAUCACCAGUUUCUAAUUUACCUUUACCAUCAGAAACAUCUCCAAUGUCUGAUUUGCCCUUAACAUCUGAAACCUCUUCAAUAUCUUCAGUUAUUUCAGCUUCUGAAACAUCUCAUUCAAGCAGUUUACCACUACCUUCUGAAACAUCUCCACUUUCCAGUUCCCCAGUGAGUGAAAGAUUUAUUCUGCAGCAAAGAAAAUCACCAUGUGUAUCUGAAGAAUCUUUAUCUCCCCUGAAAGAAGAAGCCUCUGCCAUUCCUAAUGUUUCUCAAGAGGAGAAUGUUGCUUCCCAACAAAAACAGCUCCAUGGUAUACCUGAAGCUAUGAAAACUGCCAUACCUGAAGCUUCAACAGUAGAAGAAUCCCAGUCUUGUAGAAACUUUACUGAUCAAUCGUGUAGAUCGCAUACUGAAAUAGAAAAAACUUUUAUUUCUUCUGUUUCAGAACAUUCUUCUCCAGAGGUGAUAAAAAUUAGAAACCAUGGUGCUCAACAGAGAAUUGAAAAGAAAGGUACGAUCUCUCAACUGGAGGUGUCUGUUCUAACAGAAGUGGCAGGGUGCAAAAAUACUGAAUCUCUUCCAUCUAAACCACAUGAUAAACUAUAUACCUCAUCAGAAAAAUUGAUGUUUUCGGAAGUGGGCAGAAGUAAGUCACAUAAAUUUCAAGGGGCAGCACACGGUCGUUUUGAAGGUUCCUAUUCCUCAAAGUCCUUAGAACCCACAAAGUCACCUGAAGUAAAAGGUGAAAGUAGAGACUUGGAGAUCCCAAAGAGGAAGACUGCUGAACACCAUAGUUUUGGAAUCUGCAAAGAGAAGCGAGCUAGAAUUGAAGAUGAGCAGCCUCAUCGUAAUGCAUCAACAAAUUCAUCUGAGAAAGAGCAGCCACCUAGAGAAGAGCCCAGAGUUCCACCUCUUAAGAUUCAGCUUUCAAAAAUUGGUCCACCUUUUAUUAUCAAGAGCCAGCCUGUUUCCAAGCCAGAACCUAGGGGUUCUCCAAGUGCAUCAGUCAGUAGCGGGAGGAACACAGGGGCUAGAACACUUGCUGAUAUCAAAGCGAGAGCCCAGCAAGCUAGAGCCCAGAGGGAGGCAGCAGCUGCUGCAGCAGUUGCAGCUGCUGCAAGCAUUGUCUCUGGAGGUUUAGGGAGCCCCUGUGAAGGUGGAAAGACCAGGACAUUGGCUCACAUCAAGGAACAGACAAAGGCCAAAUUAUUUGCAAAGCACCAAGCAAGAGCGCACUUACUCCAGAAUAACAAAGAAACAAAGUCUCAACUUGCUUCAAAAGAGGGUCCAUCAGUCUUAGAGAUCUCUGCCUCUUCUGAAACAAAGACUGAAGGUUCUACUGGUGUAAUUAUAGUUAAUCCUAACUGCAGGUCUCCUAGCAACAAAUCUGCUCACCAUCGUGAAACUACCACGCUAUUGCAGCAGUCACUUAAUGCCAGUACUGUACCAGAAACUGCUACUGACAUCUCUGCGCAGAGUUCUGAUGAAAAUAUAGCUAUGUCUCAUUUGUGUGAGAAAAUUCUUUCAUCUACCUCUACUGAAAGUAACAGUGUGUCAGUGCUAUACAAUAAAACCUCAUUCCCCAUGUCUGUGUGCAGCACUGCUAUGUCAGGAGCAAUUAAGGAACUUCCUUUUGCAGGUUCUAUUGAAAAGUCCUCAGUUUUAAUGUCCAUUGAAAGCACAGAAACAAAGGCUUGCAAUAUAAACAUGCUAAAAUCCAUCCAAGGAGCUGACACGCCGUGCAUUGCCAUCAUGCCAAAAUGUGUUGAGAACCCCACUGUGCCAGCUGCAAUAGAGAGUACCAUUCUGUCCAAUUCCAUGGAUGAAAAAAGGUUGCCAAUACCAAGCAGCAAUGCAAACAUUGUCAUUUCCAGUCAGUAUGCCACUGUGCCAACUUCAUCUAUUGCAAACAAUUUGCCAAAUCAUGUGGGUAGCAGCUCUGUUCUUAUUCCUCCAGUGGGAUCUACAAAUAGAUAUUCUUCUGAUAAGAUAGCUGUAACUGGGUACAGUGACCCAAGCUCUUUGUCAAGUAGCACCUCUGUUAGGGAAACUUUACACUGUAGUGAGGCACUUCCAGCAGCAGAUUCUAGUGGCAGGACUUCCAUUUCAGUAUUUGCUGGUAAUAUGAUGACAGUAAGUUCUUAUGAGAACCCUGCAAAGAUGAGCAUUGAGGCCAUGGACAGAAAUUCUGGAAUAAGAAGUCGAAUAGAUAUGCCUUGUAAAUCCUCAGUAGGUUAUGCACAAGCACCCAUGAAUAGAUCUAUUCCUUGUAAAGUCAUUGUUGACCACACGACAACAACAAUGAACUCAAAUUUGUCACUGAGUACAUCAGUUGAAAACUCAGAAAUCAACACAGAUAUGCAGAGCCGGUCUGUUAGGACAGAAACUGCCUUACAAAAUAUAACAUGUCCUCAAGUAUCUGUAAUAAGCAGGCCAGAGCUCCUUACUAAUGAAAAUCUGGAACACAGCUCUGGCUUUAACACUCUUACAGCAAAACAAGAUGGCAAACAUUUGCAAGCAACGUGUACCAGUCUUCGAGAAGUGCCUCUAGCUCCUCAAGAUAAACGCCUUGAGGCUGUUCCUCCCUGCCAAGGUUUUUCUGAACAAUUACGAGGUCCUUUGGCUUUCAAAAGUGAAGCAGAUACUGUCUGUGCCAACCCGUAUAAUACUAGCAGAAUCUGCUGGAACGAUGAGGAGGCAAUGAAUACCGACCAGUCUUUGAUUACCCAUCUUAACCCAAAUAAGCAUAAGGAAUACACUGAGCAAAACUGCUUAAAAAAUGUUAAAACAGAGCCUUCAAGUUUUGUGCAUCUGAAUGAGAUGCAUUCAAGAAACAUUGUGACAAGCAUGGCCUUGCCUAUUAAAUCAGAAGCUAAUGAAUCUGACAAAUGCUUUAGGAUGGACACCGAAGAUUUCGCAAGACCUGAAAUGCCACUUCAGACAGCAGAAAUAACCGCAAGUGCACAACCAGCCCAAAGCGCCAAGAUAUCUGUUGCAAAUUCCAUGGAGAACUCUUUGUCAUUAACAACUGAAACACUAAAAAGAGUUACAAGUGCUGGCAGUUCUAGCUGUCGUUUGUCAUCAGUAGAAGCCAACAAUCCUCUAGUGACACAGUUACUCCAAGGCAACCUGCCACUGGAGAAAGUGUUGCCACAGCCCAGGUUAGGAGCCAAGCUAGAAAUUAACAGGCUUCCCUUGCCUUUGCAAACUACCUCAGUAUGUAAAUCAGUAACAUCUGAGAGAAAUAUGGUUGAAAAUCCAUCUGGUUCUCCAAACACUGAUGGCAGAGGUUUUACAGCUGCAAAUAUGGUCCCACUGCAAAUCAGAAAGCGUGAAAACCAUCCCAAAAAGAGGAUGGCCAGGACAGUGGGGGAAGUUAAAUCUGAGCCUGGGAAGCCAUCAAUGGAGACAGAUGUUAAAGUGGGUCCAUGUGUCAUCAGUUCCAGCAUGAACCAACUUGGGCAUGGUCAGCUGUUUAAACAAGAGUGGUCAAACAAGCAUGCUAUUCAAAGCAGAAUUGCACACAGCCCAGAGAUAAAGCAGCAGAAGAGGCCAUUGCCCUCAUGCAGUUUCCAACAGAACUUAUUCAAUGUGGACAAAAAUGGCAGCUUUCCUGCAGAAGCCAGUACCUCACACAGGCAGCACUUCUACCAACUGCCCAUGGCUGCAAGAGGCCCUGUUCCUACAGCAGCUUUAAUGCAGACAGCUCUAAAAGCACCGCCUGGCUGCAGUGCCUUUGCUUUUAGCAGGCACCUAGACCAGAAGGGGUUGGGAGAGGGCAAUGCUUCAACAGCUCACCAGCUGAGGCUGGGGAGUGUUUUUUCCCCUAACAUUCAAAUUAAGGAAAGCGAUGACAUUUCUAGUGCCUCACAGACUCUGCCGAAUAAAUCAUUAGUGCAUCCCCCUCCACCCCUACCACCCCCUCCUCCCCCUCCUCCACCCCCACCCCCUCCACCCCCUCCCCCUCCUCUUCCCAAUGCAGAAGCUCCAUCUGAUCACAAACAACUGACAGUUACUAUGGAAACCACUAAAAGACUUAGUUGGCCUCAGCCGGCAAGCGUCUCUAGCAAUAUAAAAACUGAACCCAUUUCUUUUGAGGAAGGUUUAAGCAGCAGCUGUGAGCUGGGCAUUAAACAAGCUUCUUAUGAUCAGAACGAAGUAAAAGAACAGUUGAAAGCCUUUGCAUUGAAAAAUGCCGACUUCCCUUCUUAUUUACUUUCUGAGCCCCAGAAGCCUUUCCCCCAAUUAACUGUUCAGAAAAUACAGACUCAGCAGCAGCAGCAGCAACAGCUCUGUGGAAAUUAUCCCACUAUACACUUUGGUAGCACAAGCUUCAAAAGAGCAGCAUCUGCAAUUGAAAAAUCAAUUGGAAUUUUAGGAAGUGGUUCAAAUACAACCUCCAGCCUAUCUGUUCAGAACACUCAGAUUCCAGUUCAGAAAUUUGCUGACAGCAGCAGUGCAGAUGAGCUAGAACUGAAAUGCUCUUGUAGGCUGAAAGCCAUGAUAGUGUGUAAAGGCUGUGGAGCCUUCUGCCAUGAUGACUGCAUAGGCCCUUCAAAAUUGUGUGUAGCAUGUUUAGUUGUUCGGUAGAAUCUGAGGCAGAGAUGCAGUAUCCCUUGUUAACAUGGGAAACUAAAGGAAAAGAAUGGAGGAACAACU